AUGAGGCCGCCGUGCUCAUGCGCAAGCAUCAUAGCGCGAGUAGAGCGCUCCCGACACGCAGGCCUGCGGACGAGGGAGCCGCAAGCAGCUUCGCCGACGCUGAAGCGGCAAUUUUCAGCAAGCCGUUCCUCAUCGAUCUCUCGACCUGCCAGCAGGCCAACAUGGCAGGGCUCUGCCGUCGGACUGCGCGGGAGUAGACAUAGACUUGUACAACGUCAGCCGGGCUGCGGAAGCACGAUCGAAGCCAGGCGAUCAUUCCACUCGUCGCAGCCGGCAAGAGCCAAGAACCCCUACGACGUGCUCGGAGUAGACGCCAAAGCAUCUACGUCAGACAUCAAGAAGGCAUACUACGGCCUCGCAAAGAAGUUUCAUCCGGACACGAACAAGGAUGCGACGGCGAAGACUCGCUUUGUCGAGAUACAGGAUGCCUACGAUACACUAUCCGACGAUAGCAAGCGAUCCGCGUUUGACAAAUACGGAGCAGCAUCACAACAGCAAGGCUUCGAUGCCGAUGCCUACGCAAGAGCGUCUUCCUCUUUCGGAGGUGGGAGCUCACCCUUUGGAGACUUCUUCGCCGGCGGUGGUGCUGGCAAUGCGAGCGGCGCCUCCUCAGAUCUCUUCGAGAGCCUCUUCGGCGCAUUCGGCGGCGGCUCCCGCGGUAGACCGGGUCAAGCAGGACGGAGGAGUCAGCGCGUCGAUAUGACGGGCAGUGACGUCGAGACAGAGAUCACGAUUCCCUUCUUAGAUGCUUGCAAGGGUACUUCGCGCAAAGUCACCAUCCAGCCCGUCGUCAAUUGUCACGUCUGCACGGGCUCUGGAACGAAAAAGGGUGCCAAGAAGACGACCUGUAGUGCCUGUCAGGGCUCAGGAUCAAUGUCCUUUGUCGUUCAGGGCGGCUUCACCAUGUCGACGACCUGUCAGCAGUGCGGCGGCGCGGGCGAGUCUGUCAAGCCACAAGACAUGUGCGGUACUUGUGGCGGCGUCGGGAAAGUCAGAGAGCGAAAGACAGUCGAUGUCGAAGUACCUGCCGGUGUGGACGACGGCCAGAUGGUCAGGCUGGAUGGCCAGGGCGACGCCCCGCUUGAGGGCUCCGGCAAGCCAGGCCAUCUUCUCGUUCGCAUCAACGUGAUCCCCAGCAAGACCUUCAGACGACAAGGCGCCAACAUCUAUCGCGACACGACGCUGCCAUUCCACACCGCAGUUCUCGGCGGCCGCGCAAGGGUGCCAACGCUCGAGGAAGAGGUGGAAGUCAGAAUACCGCCUGGGACGCAGCCAGACGAGGAGAUGCUCCUUCGAGGACGAGGCAUCAAGAAACUGUACAAGCAGCAAAGAGGCGAUCUCCUUCUCAAGUUCAAGAUCUCCGUGCCUAGAUCCUUGACGGCCAGCCAGCGCGCAAUACUAGAAGACUAUGCUGCCGAUAUCGAAGGCAGGCCGAAGCCAUCUGACACGAAACCGGCAGAGCCUGAGGCCACUGUUGUUGAUGAGCUCGCUUUCCAAGACGUAUGGCAAGCUGCUCUGAAGCAGGCCAGAGCGGAAGUGAAUGCGAGUGCGAGCGCACCAUCCUCUGCUUCGGCCGCCAAGCCAGAGCAGACAGCUGACCAGCCAAACACUGAUGCGUCAAGCACGUCCGACCCGCCCCAUCCACCUAGCGGCACAGCACCUAGCGACAAAGUGCAUGGGCAGGACGGCCUGAUGAGUCGUGCAGGCCGAUUCUUGGGCAAUAUGUUCUGA